AUGUUUGGAAUGCUCACUUGCGCGGUCACUCAGCAAGCAGUCAUUUGGAUCGAUUAUGUUGGUGUACCAAUUUCAAAGCAUUAUUACGUUUUAUUUUUCAGAAAAUAUACUACUUUAUUGGUGGAGUUCAAUUUAUCGUUGUUAUACUUUUCGGCUGGUUCAUUUUCGAUGGAUGUACGCGAUGGAAAUGUGAAUAUCACUUGCUUGUGACCCCGUUUGUCUUAUGCGUAGUGGUCGUUGGUACUAUUAUUCUAGAGGUGAGUCAGAAGUCAUCGAACUACUAAGAUCAAUGAAUUUUCAUAGAAAUCAUGGGCAAAAUGGAUAGUAUCAAAUGUGAUCAUAACCACAUUUCUCUUCGAUAUCUACAAUUUGCUAGCCGGACGCACUGAAGUUCAUGAAGCCGAAAAAGAAGAAACUCCUCAAAUCCAAGUCAGAGUCGUCUGUUCGGACCCAUUAUCUUCAGCCGAAUCACUUCCACCGCCUUCCUAUUCCGAAGUGACUGAAGUGUUCAAACUGAAGAAUGACGUGGCGAAACUGACGAACACCGUGAACAGUCAACUACAGACCAUUCGGAUGAUGUCACGGGAGAUUGGGCGGCUGAAGAACGAGGGAGUUUUGAGUUAA